AUGUCCGGCGAAGUGGAGCUUUCUUCACUAUCUUCACUUACGAAACGGCAUUCUCGUUCUCCUCCAAUAUUGCCCCAUGAUCCGGCUUCAUCCAUGUCUAGCUCAUCAACUCCAAGUGAUUCUUUGUCUGUUGAAGGCUCUUCCGAGUAUCGAAGUGGACAGAACCUGAAUGAUCUCAAUGGGUAUUCCCCAAAUUGGAUAAAACACUCUAAGAGAGAACGACUCUUAGAUUUCUUCAAAGCAGCAUGGCGUGGUCCAGAUAUCGUAUCUGACACCCCACCGCGGCCAUUAACGUCGCUACAAUUCGUUGAGGACAUUCCAGGGAAGUUUCGUCGCAAAACUUCCUAUUGGUCCCGCACAUUACUACUAGCUAUCUAUUUGGCUGUAUGGAUCACUCUCUGGAGCAAGCUUCUACUUCCAUACUUGGUAGAAAUUCCAGAGGUUGAAGGAGAAAACACACUGGUAAUUUCCCUUACUUGCGGUCAAGCUGACCAGUUCUGGAGAGGUAAGAAUGCUGCCUGUGGUUUGGAUGCCGAAAGAUGCCCUUCUGUAGGACUCGCUGGCGAUGUCAUUUUCAGAUGCCCGGCUCUAUGUGACCGUUCGAGCUGGUUAUAUUCCCUGAGAGCUGUCGGAGAUCAGGUCAUCAAUUAUAGAGGCUACUUCAUUGGUGGAGGAGAGAAGAAAGAUGAGAAAGGUGUACUUUCGUACCCAUACAGAGCUGACUCGUACCCUUGUGGAGCUGCGGUACAUUCGGGUGCCAUUUCGCCAUUUUUUGGAGGUUGUGCACGUGUGUCAUAUUCUAGUGGCGCCAGAGCUUCGUUUCCGGACACCAAGGGCCACUAUGGAGUGUCCGAUUCAGUGGGUUUCAGCAGUUUCUUCCCCUAUCUGUACUUUUUCAAAUCUGUUGCCAGCGAUGUGACCUUUUGCUAUGAUCCUCGACUAUUGGUCCUUCUUCUAAACGUGAUAAUGGGCAUCCCAGUUGUCUUUCUUGGUUCUGGAGCUGCCUUCUACUGGAUCAUGGCUCUGGUGGGCUUUUGGACCAUCACUUUGGCUACUGAUCCCCCAGUUUUGGUUGAACCUCAAGACCCUGAGUCAUUUUACCAACUUAUAUCUUUAAGUCUUGAAAGAUUUCUUCCUACAUGCUUUGUUCUUUUCUUUUUGUGGAAAGUUAGUGUGAAACGCACAUUUGAGACAUUACUGGAAUACAAUCGUAUUCCAGAUGAACCAGAAGAAGUUUCCGGUGAACAAUUUACUUAUGAACUGCCCCAUUCCAGUUACUCUACUAUUUUGAGGCUCGUUCUCUGGUAUCCAUUAUUCUGGCUUGGAAUCUUGAACAAUAUGACGUUGGAUAGAUUGCCCGUGGAUAGACUUACCAUCCAUGAUUUACAGCAACAACCUGGAGCGUUUAUGACUGUAAUGAUUGUUGGAAGUAUUUUAGUGUUCUGCAUUAUUUCUCAAGCUUAUUAUGUAUGGCUUCUGGGCAGAUUCUGGAAACUCUUACUGGUAUAUGGAAUGAUUUUUGCUAGUUUAAUUGUCUUGGCCAAUAUUCCUGGUCUCUCCUUGAGAAUUCACCACUACAUCUUUGCGUUAAUAUUCAUUCCUGGAUGCUCUACCAGGGGAAAGACGGCCUAUGCUUUCCAAGGUAUCUUACUUGGACUUUUCCUUUCUGGAGUAGCCAGAUGGGGCUUCGCAUCCAUCGCCGAGACCAACCUCUCGCUUUUGAGAGAUGAACCAACAGGACAAAUUUAUGCACCCACAUUUUCUUUGGUGGAAAAUGGAGCGUUGUAUUGGAAGGAGCUUGAGAGCGAGAAGUUGAAUGCAACAUCUAUGAGUAACUUGGAAUCAUACACUGAUGUUUCACUUUUGGUGAAUGAUGUGGAGAGAUACCGUGGCCCCGACAAUGGCAAUUUGAACUUGACGCAAUUAUUUGAAAGUGAUUCUGAACUCAAAGAGCUUCUUGAACUAUCGGUUAAGUCUGAGUCCAAAGACUUUGAUGAAGAAAUCCCUCUCUAUUUACGUAUUGCCAAGUAUAACCCAGACCGUGGACAUUAUGGAGACUAUAAUAGAGCCUCCAUUCUUAGGUAUCCGUCGUUCGACUUUACUCUUGGACCUCCCGGAAUUACUUAA